GCAGACCCAUUUAAGCGCCUUCCUGACGCCGGCAAGCCGGGUGGUUUCAACGAUCUCUAUCCUACCCUCGAGCGGAUCACCGACAGCACUUUCGGCACAGUGUUCCACUGCAAUGGACGUUCCCACGAGCGGAGCGUCGUGAAGAUCGUACGCAGAAGAGAGCAUCCGUUGCUGAAGCAACGCCGGCAGCGCACAACGGAGACAGAGGAGUUCUGGCGGUACAUGUCGAAGCUCCAAGCGCUGCGCCACGAAAAUGUCGUGCGCUACACGGAUUUCUAUGCCGACAGCAGCUCCUUCUACUUUGUCAUGGAAUGUUGUGCGGGACGAACGCUGCUGGAACACCUGCUGGUUGUCCCUUCGUGGCAAGAGUCCCGCGUGCGACAGCUCAUGAGACAGCUCCUGCAGGCGCUGCAUUACAUCCAUCAAAUGGAUGUGAUUCACCGCGACGUGAAGCUCGAGAACCUUAUGGUCCUCGACCGCUCCUUGGAAGGCCCACUGAUGAAGCUCUUGGACUUUGGGCUCGGCUGCCGGGGAACGGGCGCCGGAGCGAUGGGGACACUGGGCUACAUGGCACCGGAGGUGUUUGGCCCCAGCUCUUACACCAACAGUGUCGACCUGUUCUCUGCCGGUGUCGUGAUGCACAUCUGCUUUACGGGAAGGCCGGCAUUUCCACCUGUCACCUACCGCACCUGGGAGGACCACCACAGGGCACUCUUGGCCGGCCCAGAUCUGCAUCAGAAGCCUUUGCACAAGGUUUCUUCGGCUGGGCGAGAGGUGCUCGCUUGGGCGCUGAGGCCCUCGGCCUCCCGGCGGUGUACGGCCGCGCAGGCCUUGCGCAGUCCCUGGCUGCAAGGCGAUGGCAAGACCUGGAAGGAGGAGCCCGUCCUUUGGAGCGGAACUUCCAACGAGCUCCGCUUUCUGCAGGUCAUGGGGGUUUGGAAUGGGGGCUCAACGCAGCUCAAGGUGGUGCCCAGCAAAGGCUCCCUCCAGGUUAUCGACGAGGCAGAAGAGGACACAGAGGACGAGGAAAAGGACCGUGACAUCGAGCAGUUCUGCUGCCGGUUGGUUCGGCACAUGGACAUCCCCGUGUGCAUUGCCAACCCGGGCAAGCCUGACUGCCCCCUCGUGGUCGUCUCCAAAGGCUUUGAGGACCUGACCGGCUUUUCCGAGGAGGAGGUGCUUGGUCACAACUGCCGCUUUUUGAACCGACUGCGCUCCAGGGACCUGUCUCAGGAGCCACAUCUGGUUAGCCCGGUGCAGCUUCUAUGGAGGAAGGAAGCUGGUUUACAUGAUUCUUGCUGGUCGGACGACUAUGCUUAG